UUUUAUUUUGGGAUUUCUCGCACUUUCUAGAUGUUUCUCUCAUAGUUUCACGUUUCUUUCAUUGCUUUCAUUAUAGCAAAGCAUGCAAAGUGAUGAUUUGUUAAUUUUACAAAACUAUAAAAGUUAAUUGUUUACAAACAAAAUUGUGUUAUGCGCGAAUAGUUUGUUUUGUUAAAAAAAAAAUUUGAUUUCAAGUUAUAUAUUUACAAAUUGAAAAAUAUGUUAUAAAGAAAAAAUUCUACAUUGUCACAAAAUAAGAGAAGAUAUUUAAAACAUUAUAGAAUACUACGAAAAUAUUCUAAAAAUAGAAAUGAGUGCUGACGACAUGGAAAAAAUGAUUUGUGAUGACGAAAUUAAGAAAAAGAAAAAAAAAUACUUGAUGAAAUUUGAUAAUCUUUGUUUAUCAAAAGGAAAAUUGGAUCUUUGUUUUAUGUUUCUUUUAAUAUUAUCGGUUAUUAUCAUUAUUAUGUAUCUUUUCAUCAUUCCUUUUCUAUCAUUUAAAGCGACUGAAAAAAAAUUGCCAAUUAUUGAAAAUUCCCUCAAUAAUCAUAGUGAAUUAUUUUUUAACUCCGCAAAUGAUGUUGAUAAUUAUUUCAAUUUAAUUUAUAAAAAAAUAACUCACGAAACUGAUGAGAAAAUAAAUAUUCUUGAAAAAGAAUUUCACAAAAUAAAUGAUAAAUUAAAUGACAAUGAUUUGAAAUUAAAAGAAACACAUAGAAAAUUAAAUGAUGCAACUUGUUCAUUAAUACCUGAGGAUAAAAGAUUUGAUUGUCAUCCAGAAGCUGGGGCAACAGAAAUUUCAUGUACACAACGAAAUUGUUGUUGGAAACCAGUGCAUAAAACAAAACAAAAUUUCAUUGAUAUACCCUAUUGUUUUUACGGUAUUAAUUGGCAAAUAUAUAAAUAUGAAAAUAUAACAAUACACAAGAAUGAAAACGAUAUUUCCGGUUUUUUAAAAUCAACAUCAAAAUCAUCGUAUAAAAAUGAUUUAUCAUUGAUAAAAAUUGAAUCGACAAGUGUUGAUGAGUCAAUUUUACGUGUUAAACUUUAUGAUCCUUUGAAAAAAAGAUACGAACCACCAUGGCCAAUAAGAAAUGAAACAAAUUCAUUUUUGGGAACAACAAUGUAUAAUAUAAAAAUUGAUAAAACAAGUCCAGGUUUUUCUGUUCAUCGAAAUUUAAAUGGUGAGACUUUAUUUAAUUCAAAUGGAAUUGGUGGUUUUAUAUUUGCAAAUCAAUUUUUACAAAUGAGCUCAUUAUUGCCGUCAUCGAAUAUUUAUGGACUUGGUGAACAUAGAAGAAAUUUAAAAUUAUCGACAAAUUGGGAAUUAUUAACGCUAUUUAAUUCAGAUCGACCGCCAACAGAAAAUGCAAAUCUCUAUGGAUCGCAUCCAUUUUAUAUGAUUAUUGAAAAAUCAGGUGAUUGUCAUGGUGUUUUAUUUUUAAAUAGUAAUGCAAUGGAUAUUAUUUUACAACCAGCGCCAGCAAUAACAUUUCGUACAAUUGGUGGUAUUUUUGAUAUUUAUUUUUUUAUGGGACCAACGCCUAACGAUGUUUUACAACAAUAUGCAAUGAUUGUGGGAAAACCUUUUUUUCCACCCUAUUGGUCAUUGGGUUUUCAUUUAUGCCGUUUUGGCUAUGGUUCAUUGGAAAAAACAAAAGAAACAUGGAAUAGAACAAGAGUGGCGGGAAUUCCAUUUGAUACACAGUGGAAUGAUUUGGAUUAUAUGGAUAGACAUAAUGAUUUUACAUAUGAUAAAAUAAAAUUUAAAGAACUUCCUGAAUUUAUUAAAAAUCUUCAUAAUGAAGGAAUGCAUUAUAUUCCAUUGAUUGAUGCUGGAAUUUCAGGAACGGAAAUUAAUGGUUCCUAUAUACCUUACGAUGAAGGUGUACGUGAAGGAAUAUUUGUCAAAGACAAUAAUGGUUCACCAUUUCAGGGAAAAGUUUGGAAUUUCAAUUCUACUGUUUGGCCAGAUUUUACAAAUCCUAAAACACAAGAUUAUUAUUUGAAAAUGAUGAAGGAAACUCAUGAUAAUUUUCAAUUUGACGGCGCAUGGAUUGACAUGAACGAACCAUCUAAUUUUUACAAUGGUCUUUCAAAUGGUUGUCCUAUCAACAAUUUAGACAAUCCUGAAUAUGUACCUCAGGUGAAUGGAGGUAUUCUUGCUACAAAAACGUUGUGUAUGAAUUCACAACAUUAUUUAGGAUCUCAUUAUGAUCUACACAAUACAUAUGGUAUCAGUCAAGCUAUUUCAACAAAUAAUGCGUUGAAACAAAUAAGGAAUAAGAGACCUUUUAUUAUUUCUCGUUCAACAUGGGUUGGUCAUGGAUUUUACGCUGGUCAUUGGACCGGAGAUAUUUAUUCAUCCUGGUACGACUUGAAAAUGAGUAUUCCAGAAAUUCUACAAUUCAGUUUCUUUCAAAUUCCAAUGGUUGGCGCAGAUAUUUGUGGUUUCAAUGGAAAUACAACAGUUUCUCUUUGCAAUCGUUGGAUGCAAGUUGGUGCUUUUUAUCCUUUCUCACGAAAUCACAAUUCUGAUGACACUAUCGAGCAAGAUCCUGCUGUGAUGGGAGAAUUGGUAAUCAGAUCAUCAAAAAAAGCUCUCACAAUUCGAUAUGAACUUUUGCCAUAUUUAUAUACUCUCUUUUCGGCUGCUCAUCGUUUUGGCGUAACUGUUGCGCGUCCUUUGUUCUUCGAGUUCACCAAUGAUCCCGCUACAUACAAUAUCGAUACACAAUUUCUUUGGGGAAGCUCUUUAAUGAUUGUUCCUGUACUAGACGAGAUUUCUGAUAAAAAUGAAAAGGUCGAUGCUUACAUUCCUGCAGGAAAAUGGUAUAAUUUCUAUACAAAUGAAUCGAUAUUAUCAACUGGUGAAAACGUAACUCUAAACGCUCCGUUGGAUACAAUUCCUUUAUUAGUACGUGGUGGAUCAAUUUUGCCUAUGCAACAAAGUUCUCGUACAACUACGGAAAGUCGAAAAAAUAAAUUUGCCUUAUUAAUUGCACUGGAUAAUCAACAAUAUGCCACUGGAGAAUUAUAUUGGGAUGAUGGAGAAAGUUUAGAUUCCAUUGAAAAGGAUGAAUAUCAUUGGUUAAAUUUCACAGUGUCUAAUAAUACAUUGAGAGUUCAUUCUAUUAUGGGUUCUUUCUCUGAAAAAAUUAUAUUAGGAAGAAUAAAAGUUAUGGGAUUGGAUCUAGAAAAAGUAAGCCGUGUAAUCGUUAACGAUAAGGACAUUGACACUGAUCAAUUCUACUACAAUAAAAAUCCAUCUUAUCUAUUUGUGCAAAAUUUAAAUCUAGAAAUGAAAGAUAUGUUGACUUUAUCUUGGACGGAAAAAGAGAAAGAAAUAACCAAAGUUAUGAUAGAAAGAUAUCGAGGUCCAGUCGUUCAUUCUGCAGCAGUUACUUUUACGAGUUACAAUAUAUUUUUAAUUUCUAUUAUCUCAAUCUUGUUGAUUAAUCGUUUAAUGUUUCAAAAAAUGAUUAAACACAAAUGGAUAAAAAUACUCGUGACACUAAUAUUAAUAGUCGAAUAUAGUGAACAGACUCUAAUUAAAAAAAACUAUGAAAUUAAUGAUGAAAAUAAAAAUAUUGAAGAUUCAACAUGUUCUCUUAUUAUGGAUAAUGAACGAUUUGAUUGUCAUCCCGAAGAUGGUGCUUCAGAACUUGCUUGUGGAUCGAGAAAUUGUUGUUGGAAAUUUUCUGAUAAUAUAAAAAUUCCAUCUUGUUAUUAUAGAAAAAAUUGGAAAAUUUAUAAUUACGGUGAUAUAAACACUCAACGAGAGAAUAAAAAUAAUAUUUUGGCUUUUUUAAAAUUACAUGAACGUUCAACGUAUAAAAAUGAUUUGCCACUAGUUGCAAUUGAAAGUACCAGCAUCGAUGCUUAUACUUUACGAGUUAAGUUAUUCGAUCCUUCGCAAAAAAGAUACGAGCCACCAUGGCCAAUUAAAUCGAAAUUGGAACCAUUUGACGGAAGUACGUCAUACAAAUUAAAAAUUAAUGAAUCUGCUCCUGGUUUUUCUGUUCAUAGAAAAUCAAAUAACAUUACAUUAUUUGAUUCAAAUGGAAUUGGUGGCUUUAUAUUUGCGAAUCAAUUUUUACAAAUGAGCUCACUAUUACCUUCUCAUAAUAUUUAUGGCUUGGGACAGCACAGGACACAUUUGAAAUUAUCAACAAAUUGGCAGCUAUUGACAUUUUUUAGCGCUGAUCAGCCAGUUACAGAAAAUGCAAAUCUUUAUGGAUCGCAACCAUUUUAUUUUGUAAUAGAGAAAUCUGGUGAUUGUCAUGGUGUUCUUUUUCUUAAUAGCAAUGCAAUGGAUAUUAUUUUACAACCAACUCCGGCAAUAACAUUUAGAACAAUUGGUGGAAUUUUUGAUAUUUAUUUUUUUAUGGGACCAACACCUGAGGAUGUAUUAAAGCAAUAUGCAAAUUUUAUUGGAAAUCCCUUUCUUCCACCAUAUUGGUCAUUAGGUUUUCAUCUAAGUCGACUUGGAUAUCAUACAUUAGAAGGAACAAAAAAAGUGUGGAAUAGAACAAAAAUGGCCAAAAUUCCUUUUGAUACACAAUGGAAUGAUUUAGAUUAUAUGGAGAGACGAAAUGAUUUUACUUACGAUAGAAAAAGAUUUAAAGGUCUUCCUGAAUUUAUAAAGGAACUUCACGAUGGAGGUAUGCACUAUAUUCCUCUAAUUGAUGCUGGAAUUUCUGGAACCGAAAAAAAGGGUUCCUAUCCACCGUUGGAUGAAGGACUUCGUCGUGGUAUUUUUAUCAAAGAAAAUGGCACUAAUUUGCCAUUUUAUGGAAAAGUAUGGAAUCCCAUUACGACAGUGUGGCCCGAUUUUACAAAUCCUAAAACUAAAGAAUAUUAUAAAGAAAUGAUGCAAAGAGCGCAUAAAAAUUUUCAAUUUGAUGGCGCAUGGAUUGAUAUGAAUGAGCCUUCGAGUUUUAUAAAUGGACAUUUCGAUGGAUGUCCCCAAAAUGAUUUAGAUAAUCCACAAUUUGUGCCUCAUGUCGCUGGUAGACAAUUGUCAAGAAAAACAUUGUGCAUGAAUGCAAAUCAAUUUUUGGGUUAUCAUUACGAUCUUCAUAAUACUUAUGGCAUUGGUCAAGCUGCAGCAACAAAUUACGCACUGAGUAAAAUAAGAAAAAAGAGACCUUUCAUUAUAACAAGAUCAACUUGGAUUGGUAUUGGAUUUUAUGCUGGAGCCUGGACAGGAGAUGCUUAUUCAUCAUGGCACAGUCUACGAAUGAGUAUACCGGAAAUUUUAUCUUAUACAUUUUACCAAAUUCCAAUGGUGGGUGUUGAUAUUUGUGGUUUCGAUGGUGAUACCACUGAGGCUUUAUGUAACCGAUGGGUUCAAGUCGGUGCCUUUUAUCCAUUUGCUCGAAAUCACAAUUCUGAUGAUACAAUAGAACAAGAUCCUGUUUCGAUGGGAGAAUUAGUGGUGAAUUCAACUAGAAAGUCAUUAAUGACACGAUAUGAAUUAUUGCCAUAUUUGUAUACUCUAUUCUUUCGCGCUCAUAAAUUUGGCGAAACAGUAGCACGACCUUUAUUUUUUGAAUUUAUCAAUGAUUCUCGUACUUAUAAUAUCGACUCACAAUUUUUAUGGGGUAGUUCCUUAAUGAUUAUUCCUGUUUUAGAUGAGAUUUCUGAUAAAAAGCAAAAAAUUGAAUGUUACAUUCCAAAUGGAAAAUGGUAUAAUUAUUAUACAUUUAAACAAUUAGUUUCCAGUGGAGAAAAUUUUACUCUAGACGCUCCAUUGGAUACAAUUCCUUUAUUAAUAAGAGGAGGUUAUAUUUUACCAAUACAAAAACCCUCUCUAACAACUACGGCUAGUCGAAAAAAUAAUUUUGGUUUAUUAAUUGCAUUGAAUGAUAAAAAUACAGCUGAAGGUGAAUUAUAUUGGGAUGAUGGAGAUAGUUUAGAUUCAGUUCAAAAAAAGAAAUAUUAUUUGCUAAACUUUAGUGUGAACGAUAAUAAAUUUCGUUCAAAAAUUUCAAAUAAUGGCAUAUACAAAGAAAAAAUGACAUUAGGAGAAAUAAAAAUAAUGGGAAUAAACAUUGAAAAUAUAAAGCAUAUUUUAGUUAAUAAUGAAGAAAUUAAUAAAGAUCAAUUUUAUUACAAUAAAACAAAAUGCUAUUUAUUUAUCAAAAAUUUGAAUCUAAAUCUCAAAAAAGAAUUUACUUUAUCCUGGAUAGAUUCAUGAAUUAAUUAUUUAUAU